AUGCAGAAUCUGGACAAACUCAGCGCGACUGGCUUGCCUGUGUUCGACCUCAACUCGGAGCAUCUGGACGAGAGGGACUGGUCCAAAUCGCCGCUGGGCCCGCGCGAUACGUGGCCCUCGUCACUGCAGUGUCUCGUCAACUCGUGCAUCCUGCCCAUGCCCCAUUGCGCCGCCAUUUUCUGGGGAGAGCGCCUCGCCGUCGUGCACAACCUGGCCUGGCAAAAGGCGCGGGGUGACCUCGAUGGCCAGGGAUCGACAGGCGAGAACAGCUAUGGCGGCGAGGCCAUGGGCACGCUGUCCAAAGUGCUGCGCGGCCGCACGGUCAAGGUAGCCGCGCGCUUCUUCUUGCAGCGGCUUCCAGAUGAAGACCAUGAUGCCCAAAUCCUCCUCAGCACCCUGCUCGACGAACAUGGCUCACGGCAGGGCGUCCUCGCCCAGCUUCUGCAGAACAGCGGCGUCGAGAAGUACAUGCCCAUAGAUGGCCUUGACAAGCUCACGCACGAUCGCCCGGGCAGACAAGUCAAGCCGCUCCAAACCCAGCAGAAAGAGCUCAAGGCAGGCACCGAGCAGGUCGACUCGAUGCAGACGCAGCUGUUCCAGCGAUUCGCAGAACUGCUGCCCAACGGACUCGCCAUCCUCGACUCUGAAGCAGAGGCAAUCUUCGUCAACGAUGGCUUCUUCAAGCUAACAACGAACAAGAUCCAGAACGAGUUUCGCGCCUGGCCAGAGAGCAUCCACCCCGACGAUUACGAGCGCGUCAUGUCAGCCUACCGCGAAGCCUUUUCCAGCCGCAAAGAGCUCAGGUGUGAAUUUCGAUGCGCCAUGGCAACUACCGGCGAAGGGGGAGAGUGGAGGUUGUUUCUCCUCAGGCCUCUUAGCGAUGCCCCAGAUGCCGGUUUCAUCAGUGCCAUUGUCGACAUCACUGAGAUCAAGCAAGCCCAACUUACUCAGGAGCGGGCAGCCACCGAAGCGCAGGAGAGAAAGGAACAACAAGAAAGAUUCAUUGAUAUGGUGUCGCAUGAGAUCCGCAAUCCUCUCAGCGCUGUACUUCACCUGGCCGAGGAGGUUCGGGAGGUCACGUUGAAAAUUGGGGAAUCGAAACCAGAUCUCAAGGCUGAAGUCGCUGACAUAGUCGACGCCGCGGACACGAUCUUGCUCUGUGUCUCACACCAAAAUACUUUGGUGGACGACAUUCUGUCUUUCUCCAAGCUCGACUCGAUGAUGCUGUCGCUUGUGCCUCGGGAGGUGCGGCCCAAGUGGGAAUUCUCCCAGGCUCUCAGAGUCUUUCAGUCCGAGUUCAAGGCGAAGAAUAUCAAGUUUCACUACGCCAUGGACGUGUCCUACGACGAUGAAAACAUUGAAUACGUUGUCGCCGAUCUCAAUAGGAUGAAGCAAGAAUGGGGAAGUGGCGAUCCUCUGUACCUCAUGGUUGCAGUCAAGGAUACAGGUAUAGGUAUCAGCGCAGAAGGCCAGGCGAAAUUGUUUGAGCGGUUCAGACAAGCGACACCAAAAACGCAGGAGAAUUAUGGAGGCUCCGGACUGGGCCUCUUCAUAUCUCGCAAAUUGUGUCAAUUGCAUGGCGGUGAUAUCGGGGUCAGCUCCAAGGAAGGAGAGGGCUCGACUUUUGGCUUCUUCUUCAAGGUGCGACGCUCAGAUGGGUCUAGCGAUGGCGGCAGGCCCCCUUUCCAGUCUCGAUCGAAUUCUGAGACUUCGCCAUCGACUUCCCGAGAUCAAGCUCGACCAGGCUAUAGUAGAGCAAACUCAAAUCUAACGCAAAUCAAAGAGCGACCGAGUGAGCGCCCAGAAGCUAAGACUUUGUCAAGCCACAGUGGUGUUAAUACGGACAUGGACGAUGGAUCGCUGAGAAAUCCACCUACCGAAUACAUGGCCGAGGCGCAUCCCGAAUCUUCUUCAGACGCUCGGUACAAAGAGACCGAGAAGGUGGCUCGAGAUAUCCAGCCAGAGCGCUCUGCAGUAAACAAAGCUAUCGAAGACAAAUUGCCCGAUCUUCAGCGCGGUGAGACGCAGCGCCAGGAAAGCGUGGCAUCCGACACUUCGCGGUCCCAAAGCGAUCAGCGAAGCGAGAAGAAGCAGACACUCCUGCUGGUUGAGGACAACCUAAUCAACCAGAAAGUGCUUCGACGUCAACUCCAAACGCGAGGCUUCGAGGUUUUCACAGCGAGUAACGGGCAAGAAGCGAUUGAUUCCGUUGCUGAGCGUGGGCAAAUCAGUCAAGAUAGCACCAACGACCGCAAUUAUUUCGACAUAAUUCUGAUGGACCAGGAGAUGCCUAUAAAGGACGGUAAUACUGCUACGAAAGAGAUCCGGCAACUUCAAGAAGAAGGCAAAGCUGGAUACAGCCACAUCCUUGGUGUCUCGGCCAACGUACGCGAAGCGCAAACGCAAAGCAUGCGCGCAGCUGGGAUGGACGAUGUUAUUUCGAAGCCCUUCAAGGUUGAAGACCUGGUGAAGCGCAUCAGAAGUAUCAUACUUGAAGACAAACCAACCAAGCCCAGCGGCAAGAAAAGUGGUCCACCUGCGAGAAACACGUCGGACAACGAAGAAGUCCGGAUGCUUGAAGAAGUGCCCAUCCGGUCUAGGAGUGAGAUGAGCGAGCAAGGUGGUCGGGAUGAUGAAGCCAUGGAAACGGGCGGCCGGGCAAAGAUUGAAGUAGACGGCGUGGAACAAGAUGGGAGCGGAAACAGACCCGAGGAUGAUGAGGGUAUGAGGGGCAAUCAUGCCAGAAAGAAGGCUGGUCACCAUGAUGGGGAAGAGGAGCAAGGGAAGGAGAACAAGUCCAAGAAACCCGAGCGCGAAGGCAAGGGUGACGAAAAAGAAGAGGACCGAAAUAGGCAACUAGGCAAAGCAGGCAAGAAGUCUGGAAGAGAAGGAGACAUGCGAGGUGGCGAGCGAUCGAGGUCGAGACAAAAGCAAUGA